AUGACUCAUUCUGGUGUGACCACCUCCAAACGGGGGUCAGUAUCCGGAGCGCGUACUCCUUGCGUGGACCAAUAAGCGCGCGCCCUGUUGGCUUCUCUCGCGCUUUCCCGUGGUGCCGCGCGCAGGAAGCGCUGCGUCAGCAGUGAGCUAGUGAGUGUAAAGAUGGCGGCGCGCGCGCUGGUAGCGGCGGUGGUGUUGUGUGUGUGCGCGGUGCUGCAGGAGACGCGAGGCAGCGGCGGGGACGCGCCUCACCGGCGCUUUGAGUACAAACACAGCUUCAAGGGCCCCCACCUGAGUCGGGACGGGAGCAUCCCCUUCUGGGUUCACACGGGGAGUGCCAUUCCCAGUGCGGAUCAGAUCCGGAUCACACCCUCCCUGCGGAGCCAGAAGGGUUCAGUAUGGACCAAAACUCCGGUCAGCUUCGAGCACUGGGAGGCAGAGGUGGCAUUCCGUGUGUCCGGCCGAGGAAGGACGGGUGCAGACGGACUGGCCAUAUGGUUCACUGCUGCUCAGGGGCUGGAAGGUCCAGUUUAUGGUGCUGCUGACCAGUGGAAUGGUGUGGGAAUUUUCUUUGACUCGUUUGACAAUGAUGGAAAGAAAAAUAACCCAGCGGUCAUCGUGGUGGGGAACAAUGGAAAACUUGUUUAUGACCAUCAGAAUGAUGGGUCAACCCAGGCUCUGGGUACGUGCCUUAGGGACUUCCGGAAUAAGCCCUAUCCCAUCCGUGCCAAAAUCACAUAUUACAAAAAAACAUUAAUGGUUCAGAUCAAUAACGGUUUCACCCCCGAGAAGGAGGAUUAUGAGUUCUGUACCAAAGUGGACAACAUGAUCAUUCCAUCCACUGGGUACUUUGGCAUCUCAGCCGCCACAGGAGGACUAGCAGAUGACCAUGAUGUCUUAUCAUUCCUGCUGUUCAGGUUAACUGAGCCUGGACAAGAACUGCCCCCACCCGAACAAGAGAUUCCUAAAGAGGAGCAGGACAAGUACCAGGAGGAAUUCCAGAACUUCCAACAAGAGCUGGACAAAAAAAAAGAGGAGUUCCAGAAGGAGCACCCUGAUGUCCAGGGGCAGCCCCUGGAGGACCUUUACGAGAGUGUGAGCGAUCGCGAGCUCCGUCAGGUGUUCGAGGGACAGAACCGCAUCCACAUGGAGAUCAAACAGCUGAACCGGCAGCUGGCCAUGAUCCUAGACGAACAGCGCCGUUAUGUUUCCGUCAUCACGGAGGAAGUUUCCAAACGCGGAGCCCAGUCAGGCCAGGCGCCGAGUCAGGAAAUGGACACUGUAAUCUCCACACAGCAGGAGGUCCUGCGUAACCUGGACGACCUGAGGAACACGUUUUCAGCCUCAGUAAAGCAGCUGGCUGUGGGACAGCAGGGAAACACUGGAGGUUUAGGCUCAUACGAGACCGUCCAACACUUCAACGACAUCAAAGAACAUCUGCACGUUGUCAAGAGGAACAUCGAGCACAUCAUCCAGAAAAACGCGGGUCCAGCAGAAAAGCCAAAAUGUCCAGAACUCCCGCCCUUACCAGCCUGCCUCACCAUGGCACACUUUGUUGUUGUCGUGGUCAUUCAAACUCUCCUGUUUCUCGGCUAUUUCAUGUACAAAAGCCAACAGGAAGCAGCAGCUAAGAAAUUCUUUUGAUGAAACAGAUGACUGGUUAAAACAGCACAGUAUGUAAAUGAGGGAUUGUUAUUGUUUGUGUUAUGUUUUUGUUUGAAGACUGUAAGUUAUUAUACUUGAAAAGCUGAUGUUUUGUUUGAGAUUUUUUUUUUUUCUUUUUAAUUCCUUUUUUAAUUUGAUCUGAAUUGUACAGGGUGUGAAUGAUUGUUCCUUCCAUGAGAGUGUAAACUGUUUCGGUUUAAGAUCCCCAAAUACGAUGUAAGAUAUUCAUUAGUAUUCAGAGAGUAUGUUCAGAGUUUGUACGUCACUCUGUUUUACAUGGUUUUGCUUCAGGAAGUCGACCACUGUCCCCUGAAAGUGUUGCUGUACUGUGGAAACUUGUUCUAUGGAAGCAGAAUGUGUCAUUGUUUGGGGGGGGAAAUACUGUAUUCCAACGUUGUAGCCAAACUGCCAAACCUGCAAAGCCAAGGCCCAGGGGUCAUGAAUGUGUUUUGAAUCUUUGAAAAAUGAUAUAUUUUUCUCAAACAAUUUACAUAAACAGAACACAAACCCA